AUGGCUGGUAUCUUAGGGGUGGAGGCUAUGGUUUUUGAUGAAGAGGAGGAAACUAAUGAAACGCGGCUGGAAAAUCAUGAGGAGGUUCGGGCACAGGAAUCUCCGCUAGAUAUUCAUAAUGGAGCAGGUAUGCAGAUCGAUGAUAUGAAGAGUCAGUCUCAGCAAUCUUAUAAUCGAAUCAAGCUGGAACAUGAAGAUCGGGACGGUCAAGUUAUAAUCAAGAAGACGCUGAAUGACUGGUUGGGGGUUUUGAAAAGAAGAUCAACCAAGAGAGAGCAAGCAGGUACUUCUAAUUCUAAUCCUAUAUUGCAUAUUGAGCCUGAUUGUGUUAAGAUAUAUGCAGAAGAUAUAGAAGAAGAAGUUCAUUAUUGGAACUCUGCUCUGGUCUGCUAUGUUCUGGGAGCUAACCCUCCAUUAACGGUGAUGGAAGGAUUCUGUAGGAGAAUCUGGAAAGAUAAAGGUAUUGAUAAAAUCAGCCUUCUAGCUCCAGGGGUUUUUAUUCUUCGAUUCAAUUUGGUGGAAACUAGAGAUGGCAUUCUGAAUGGUGGAUACCAAUUCUUUGAUAGGAAACCUCUUAUCAUGAAAAGAUGGGAUCCUAACUCCAAAUUCUCUAAGGAUACAAUAUUGACAGUACCGGUUUGGGCUCAACUGAGCAAUUUGGAAUUAAAUUACUGGGGGAAGAGAUCUAUGGCAAAGAUAGUGGGCACUAUUGGAAAAUUUGUGAAACAAGAUAGAGCAACAAUGGCCAGGGAGAAGCUUCAAUUUGCUAGGGUCCUAAUUGAAGUCAGUUUUACAAAAGAGCUACCUAAUCAGAUUAAAUUUGAAGAUGAAAAGGGGGAAUAUGUAUAUGUUGAAGUGCAUUACGAAUGGAAACCUGAUGUUUGUAUGCAUUGUAGAGGGAUAGGUCAUCGGAAGGAAAUGUGUAAGAAGAAGGGGACCCAAGGAGAGUCCUCAAAAAUCUGGCGGGAGAAGAAAAGAGAAGAUCUAAUUUCAGAUAAGCUUCCGAAGGGCAAUUCGACAAUGCAGGGUAAGGGAACUCCUGAGGCAACUUCAGAGGUGAUUCAACAAAACAAGGGGAAGCAGGGCAUGAUGACUAAGAAUAAGGGGAUAUCAUAG